UUUCUGCUUUCCUGUUUGCAUUUUGUCUUGUUCAGGUCGAUCGGUGGAGGAGGUGGUCUGGAAAAUGGCUGACGGAGUUGAUCACAUCGACAUCUACGCCGAUGUUGAAGAGGAUUUCAACCAGGAAUCAGACUACCCUGCCCAUGACCAGAUAGACUUGUAUGACGAUGUUAUCUCUCCUUCGGCCAAUAAUAACGGAGACGCACCUGAGGACCGGGACUACCUGGACAACCUACCCCCACCUGCUGGCUCCGAGGGGAACAAGAGCACCCCGCCCAACGUGGUUUACACGUAUACUGGCAAGAGGAUCGCCCUGUACAUAGGCAAUCUCACAUGGUGGACAACAGACGAAGAUUUGACAGACGCCAUUGGAUCAAUAGGCAUUAAGGAUCUGCUGGAGAUCAAGUUCUUUGAGAACAGAGCCAACGGCCAGAGUAAAGGGUUUGCCCUGGUGUGUGUGGGCUCAGACACGUCCUCUAGGAAGCUACUGGACCUGCUGGCUAAACGGGAGCUCCACGGACAGAACCCCAUUGUUACCCCCUGCAACAAACAGUCCCUCAGCCAGUUCGAGAUGCAGUCUCGGAAAAGUACAUCGGGUGGGCAGAUGUCCGGAGAUGGGAAGGCGGGACCCCCCACCAUGGGCCCCCGCGGUGGCUUCCCCAUGGGCAUGGGUAGGGGCCGAGGCCGCUUCCCCGGGCCUCCUGGCCCUGGAGGAGACCGCUUCCCUGGGCCCAUCGGACCUGGAGGGCCCCCGCCACACUUCCCAGGGUCGGGGAUGAGGCCACCUGAACUCAUUAACCAUAGACACCAAGAAGGCCACCUGAUGGAUAUGAAUUUCAAUUGCUUCCCGCCGGGACGUGAUGGGAAUUGGCGACCCAGAGGUGGUAUGCAGGGCCCACCUCGACCCCCUCCUGGCCCACUAGGCCCCCCUGGACCCCUAGGCCCCCCUCCCCCAGGACAGGGCCUCCCCCUCCCAUGCAAGGCCCCCAACCGUGGCGACCGCCCCCACCCCGGUCAUGUUCCCGGCCAGUUCGGCCAGCCCCUGGGUCCUCUCCCCCCUGGCCCUCCCCCACACGGCUUCGGCCCUCCUCCUGGCCCCCCACCCCAACAGGGCCCUCCACCCCCGGGUCAUUUCCCUCCUCGCCCCCCCGGGCCCCUUGGACCACCUCUGGCCCUCGCUCCCCCACCACACAUGACCGGGCCCCGACCUGGAGGCCCCCCACCGGCUCCCCAUGUCAACCCAGCGUUCUUCCCUCCUCCUGGGGGUCCUAACAACAUGGGGGGCCCUCCUGGAGGAGACGGCAGGGGCCCCAACGGGCCCAACGACCCCUAUGGACGGCCACCUCCGUAUGACCGGGGAGACUUCGGACCCGCCGGCAGGGAGAUGGAGUCGGCGCGGACACCGCUGAGCGAGGCAGAGUUUGAGGAGAUCAUGAACCGGAACCGAGCCAUCUCCAGUAGUGCCAUCUCUAGGGCGGUGUCAGAUGCUAGUGCUGCUGACUACGGCAGUGCCAUAGAGACUCUGGUGACAGCCAUCUCUCUGAUCAAGCAGUCCAAGGUCUCUGCUGACGACCGUUGUAAAGUACUCAUCAGCUCUCUUCAGGACUGUCUCCACGGCAUCGAGAACAAGUCCUACGGCUCUGCCUCCAGACGCGAGAGGUCGAGGGAGCGUGACCACAGCCGAUCCCGGGAGAAGAGCCGGCGCCACAAGUCCCGUAGCCGCGACCGCCACGAGGACUACUACCGCGAACGCAGCCGGGAGAGAGAACGGCACCGCGGGGACAGAGAACGAGAACGUGAACGAGACCGUGAGAGGGAGUACCGACAUCGUUAGCGGAGCCUACGGAAGAGGACAGGGACGAGGACGCCUCUUCACAACCAGCAGGCCCUACAUCAGGAUCGCCUUGUCAACUAGUCCCCCCCCCCUCUCUGUCUGUGUCUCCAUGGUUACCAGGGGACUGACUACCUGGGAAUCGCUCACAGCUGUGUAAGGCUAUAAGUAGUGUUCUUUAAAAUCAUUCUCAUGGUAUAAAAAAAAACUACUCAACAGCUAUUUUUAUUUUACUGAAAUUUUAUUUGAUGUGAACGAAAAAAUGAUUACCUACCUGUGUUGACAGGCUUCUUUCAAGCUUUGCGAAAAUAACAAAUGACUACAUUUGCCUGCUCUAUUCCAAAACGGACAACUUUUGACUGCUAUAAUGUGUACAUUUUGUCAGGUUAAAGCUGAUUUUUACAGGGAGGUUUUUUGUUUUUUCGUCUUCAUUUCCUCUCGUGCCCCCCCUACUUUUCUCGUUAGGAUAAUGUUUGUAAAUGUCUCUGCUUUGAAUAUUAAAAUAGAUUCUGUGUUGUAAUAAACUUGUUUACUGGGGUUUUGACACUUAAUAAUAAUUGACAUGUGUACAUUUUUGCCUUGCAUACAUUUUUCAUGUUGAAUUUUACGAAAUAGAAAUAGUUAUUUUAAAUUUACUCUCACUUAAGUUGCAAAGUUGUGCUGUUAUUGACCAAAUGAAGCACAGUUGACCAAAAAAUUGUAUUUGUCCCGAUGCCCAGAAUUAGUGAAAUCUGACUGAAUUUAGCGUAACUACUUAUGCAUUGAAUGAUCAUGUGACAGAUAUUUUAAUCUUUGACUUAUCAGUUUGUUCUAAAAGUUCUACGUAAAAUGUAGCUACUUGUUGACAAACGUUUGUUUUUAGACUCCGUAUAGUUCUGUAUGCCUUUUGAGUUCCAAAAGUGAAAAUCCAUGUCUUUGCUAAGUGAUUUUAGAGGUAUUCAGGACUUGAUUAUACUUGGGAAAAACUUUAUUUUUUUAUUUUAUUUUUCUUGAUUUUCAUUUUUUUUUUUUUUUUUAAAUGUUACCAGGAAGUACAUUCCAAGGGUUCAUUACUCUAAUAUUAUUGAAACAAGUAGAACAAAAUUAUUGACUUAUGGAAUUAUUUUAGUGAUAGAUAAACCUUCACAGAUCUGGACAAUACUACUACUGUGAACCGAAUUGGUCUCUUAUCUGCAAACUUGUGCUCUGAUUGGCUGGCUGAUGUACUGCACUGAUUUCUUAAUGAGUUGCUUAUCCCCUGGUUUAGGCCAGUGAGGGUUGUAGCCUGGUCCCAGAUCUGUAUAUACUUUGGCAGAGUCUUGACUUGUUGUCUUGUCUACAUUGAAUAGCAAUAACAAUGCUAGACUAGUUGGCUAAAACGCAUACAGACCUGAGUGAAAUACUACAAAGCAGGACCAAUGUGUUAGCCAGCUAAUUUGCUUAAAUAUUCUGAAAUAAUUUAGAAUUUUUGGGGGGGAAAAGAAGCUUGACUCAAUAAGCAAAAACACAUAUCUAAGUUUGGCUUUCUUAAUGAGCCAGAAAAUCAAAUGUUUAUCAAAGUUAGCUGGCUAAUGCAUUGAUCCUGUUUUGUAGGAUCCCCUUCUGGGACCAGGCCAUGGGGCUGGGUGUAGUAAAUGGUUGAUUACAGUAGUAAUGAGGGUCUGGGACAAGGCUGAGAGGCUGGGUGUAGUAAGUGGUUGAUUACAGUAGUAAUGAGGGUCUGGGACAAGGCUGAGGGGCUAGGUGUAGUAAAUGAAUGGGGAUUACAGUAGUGAGGGUCUGGGACAAGGCUGAGGGGCUGGGUGUUGUAAAUGGAUGGGGAUUACAGUAGUGAGGGUCUGGGACAAGGCUGAGGGGCUGGGUGUUGUAAAUGGAUGGGGAUUACAGUAGUGGGUGCUGGGACAAGACUGAGGGGCUGGGUGUUGUAAAUGGAUGGGGAAUUACAGUAGUGGGGGUCUGGGACAAGGCUGAGGGGCUGGGUGUUGUAAAUGGAUGGGGAAUUACAGUAACGAGUAUUCAAGUGAGGUGUCCAUUUUGUAAAGCAUGAGAGCACAAUGCUUCCCUGGCUUCUCAUGAUCUGUCCACUGACUGGUCUGCCAGAUUAAAAUAACUGAUAUUGAUGCCUGUUUUAAGGCGGUAAAACCUACCUCUCUACUCCCAUGUAUUUUCUAAAUGGCCCUGAUAGACAUUAGUGGUGCUCUCCUGCUUACAUUGUGUUGACACUCUAAAGAUAGAUAUUUAGGUGGUUAUUGUGGCUAGAAUCAUUCACUGAAACAAAUGCUUCAGUCAACUAAACAUAUUUUUAUUUCAAUUUUAUUGGUUAGACAUUACAUCCAACUAUUGGCACAUAAAUAUCUCCCAAGUUUUUAUCAAUAUUGCCCACUAGCUACAAAGAGCAUUUUGAUUUGAGGACUUAACUAUGUGUUUGAAAUGGAAUGUUAUUGAAUGGAACCUUUAGUAAAGUUCUCCUUCAGGUAAAGUUCGCAUGACAGACACUUCGUUUUUUUUUAUACGUGGAACUUUUGUAUUGCAUUUUAUUGUAUAAAUGCACUGAGAUAUUGAAUAUGGUGUAGAGCAUUAUGAAUGCUCUAUGUAGCUAGUAUACCAUGUUUAUUGUGCUAAUGGACAGGUUAUCAAUGCUUUGUUACCUAUUCGCAGAUCAUUACGAAUAGCUUUCCAGCCCCAACGUCUUUUCAAACCGGUUGAAUAUUUGAGUGGAGCUGGUUUGAUACGUCAAUACUGUACAUAUAUACGCAGUCGACAAGUGUUACUCAUACUCAAUUAGUGUUGUCAUUUUGUACAUAUAAUAAUGCAUCCAUCUUAGAUAUUACCUUCAAAUAGUUUUUACAAUCAGAUCCAGAGUUUUACCUGAUCAAUUUCUCUCUCGAACGUGUUCAGGAAAUUGAACUUUUUUUUUUAAGGUGCACUGUCUUGUUUUGAGUGGUUUCAAUAAACUAGUUUCCUCCGUC